AUGAAGUUGACCACUCUACUUACUAGUGCCCUCUAUCUGGUGCCUGUCGUGUUGGCGCAGCAGUACAAUAUCACAUAUAACGCUUUCUACAAUGACGGGGACUCUUCCCUCAGCUUCACCGCUUGCUCUCGACUGAUUCCUACUGAUCCUGUCCUCGCUUCCUUCCAUGAUUUCCCUUACAUUGGGGGAACCUCCGCGAUCACGAGCGAGAACACCACUGCUUGCGGGACAUGCUGGCAGCUGGACUACAAUGGAAACAGCAUUUACAUCACCGCAGUCGACACAGCGGAAGCGGGCUUCUUCAACCUGACGCAUUACGCCUUCGAGAAGCUCACAGACGGGCAAACGGGCGACUACGUCUCCGCCAUUGCUACCGAGGUGGAUUCGUCGCAUUGCGGUUUUUGUCCCGGUGUGUAUCAUUCAAGCUCCGAGUAUGAGCAAGUUUUCUGA